AUAAAACCCCCAUGGACUGGCCUGGCCAACAUGUUACUACCCCCUACAGCCAUCCAGUUAAAACACAGCAACAGCAUACGCAGCCGACAGAGCCUAUGAUGGCACGACCAAGCUCUACUCGCAAUCCUCUAGAUCUCAUCGUGUCAGAGUCUUUUGUUAGAAAUGUACUGGAAGAUUCCGACAUCGUUUUUCCUUUCCUGGAUAGCUUCAACUCAAUGCACCACAGCAACCAGUUAAAUGGCUGUUCCAAGCGUCUUCAAGGCUACGGGGAACAGCAAUCACAUCCAACCUGGUCAAGCACUAGUCAGGCUCCAACAGUGUCUCAGUAUUUUGCUGAUACUCGAAACUUGCCAGCUGAAACGGGGGAUCAUCAAACCCCCAUGGACUGGCCUGGCCAACAAUGGCAACAUGUUCCUACCCCGCACAGCCUUCCAGUUCAAACACAGCAACAGCAUACCCAGCCGACAGAGCAUAUGAUGGCACAAUCAAGCUUUACUCGCAAUCCUCGAGAUGCCAUCAUGUCAGGGUCUUCGGCUGGAAAUGCACUGGGAGAGACCGGCUUGGACUUAGUUUAUCCGGUCCAGGGUAGCUUCAACUCAAUGUACCACAGCAACCAGUUAAAUGGCUGUUCCAAGCGUCUUCAAGGCUACGGGGAACAGCAAUCACAUCCAACCUGGUCAAGCACUAGUCAGGCUCCAACAGUGCCUCAGUAUGCUGCUUAUACUCGAAACUUGCCAGCUGAAACGGGGGAUUAUCAAACCCCCAUGGACACGAGUCGCUCAUAUUAUCAUUCCCCUUACAGCUUUCCAGUUAAAAAAAAGGGACGGUACACGCAGGCGACAGUACCGACUACUUCACAAUCAAAGAUUACUCGCAAUGCCCACGCCGUGUCAGCGUCUUUGGAUGGAAAUGCAUCAGGAAAGACCAGCUCCGACGCUGUCGGUUGCAGCGCAGCUAGCGUCAUCCCAAUAAGCCACAGCCACCAGGCAAAUGGCAGUUCCAAGCAUCCUGAAGGCAACUACAGGGAACAGCAAUCAUGUCUACCCUGGUCAAGCACAAAUCACACUCCAGCGGCGUCUCAGUAUGCUGCUGAUACUCGCACUUUGCCAACUGAUCUGAGGGAUUAUGAAACCCCCAUGGUCAGGCCUGGCCAACAUGUUCCUAACCCGCACAACCAUACAGUUGAACCACAGCAACGUCACACGCAGGCGACAGUACCUACUAAGGCACUAUCGAAAAAUGCUGACUAUCCUCACGCCGUGCCAGCUUCUUUGGCUGGAAAUGCAUCAAGAACGACCAGCUCCGACGCUGUCGGUCGCAGGGCAGCUAGCGCCAUCUCAGUGAGCCACAGCCACCAGUCAAAUGGCAGUUCCAAGCAUCCUGAAGGCAACUACAGGGAACAGCAAUCACAUCCACCCUUGUCAAGCACUAGUCAGGCUCCUGUGGUGUCUCAGUAUGCUGCUGAUACUCAAACCUUGCCAACUGAUCUGAGGCAGUCCGUCAAAUUGGAAAGAAACGCCAAGGGCACAGAUUUGGCACUGAGAAGACGACGCCAGAAUAACAUUGCGGCCGCACGACACCGAUUGAAGAAGAAGAGGAUUGUUGAGGGGUACAUUCAGAUAAUCGAAAGACUGUCAGCUGAGAUUUUGGAGCUUCGGUGGACAGUGCUACACCAGCAGAAAGAAAUAGCUGAUCUCAGUGCGCAGAAAUUGGGAAUGCACAUUUAUCCAAAAUGAACAGAGCUUGAAAGCUCAGUGCCCUCGCUAGGCCAUUCUCCCUAGGCCCUCUUGCAUGUUAUUCGAACUGCUGUAAAUGCUGUUGCAAUUGAGUAUAGUAUCGUAUAGGAAUAAGUACCGUGCAGACAAUAAUUUUCAUAAAGCAAUAAAAACGCAUCGAAUGAACAUGGACAGGAUGCAGAACUGGCCGAGGUGGAGCCGGGGACCGAGCGGAGGAAGAAUCGGAGAUUGACACAGAUGAGGUAUCGGAGGAUGACAUGAAUGAUGAUGCUGCGGAUGAAGGUGAUGGUUAGUUAGAUGGAGAUGAUGAUCGUCAGAAGCCUGCUGUGUAUUUGCAAUUGUCAACUGACGCUAAGUGUUUGGAGGUGUAUGAUGAUUUUUGUUUUUCUGGUUUGUGUCGUGCACGGUAUCCCCGUCUGUUGAAAGUUCUUGAAGCUGUGUGCAUUCGUUUGCGUAAGCCUGUGCUCUGUAUAAUCUCUCUCUCUGUUUUUUUGGUGCACAAAAUGCAUCUCUGGCGUUGAUUGCCGUCUUGCUUACACUUCUUCCGCGCCUUUGAUCUCGUACUCCCCUGUAUGUACUAGUCUUGUGCAAACCCUCCUUCUAGUCUGUUUCAUUUUGCCCCGAGAUGUUUUGAUGCAUAGUGAUUAUGAUGCUCAUCAUUCGCUCCCUUGUCACUAGACAGUUCUCUCCGUUUGGUGUAGCGAAUUCAAAUAAAGAAGUCAACAGCAACAAACAAAAGAAGCAUGUUGUUGCGCUGAAAUUGUUUUGUGAAGUUCUUCCCCUGUUUGUCCACAGUUUGUUUCUCUCACUUCACAGUUGUCA